UGUUGAAACAGCUUCCACUAGAGAUUUUCUGAGUGAGUGAUUUCCUUCCUUCCUCGUAUACUGUCGGAGUGUUAUCGCGAUCUGUCGCCGUUCAAUGGCCACGCGUCAAUAAACUUCUCAAAUUCCACAUUUUGCAUGAAAUUUGCUGGCAUCAAAUUGCUUUGAUGCAAAGAUGCUUUCAAAUAAAAUAUUUAUGACGAAGUCGUGUUUUCGCGUUUGAAUUAUUGACAAGAAGGACAAAAAUGGAGACUUAUAGCUUGGAAGAAGUCAGCAAACAUAACUCAGAGGACAGCGCUUGGUUGGUAAAUAAUGGACGAGUUUUUGAUGUAACUGAAUUUCUAAGUCAUCAUCCUGGUGGCAGAAAUGUUUUAUUGCCAAAAUUUGGCAAAGAUGUCAGUGAAAUAAUGCAAGAUCCCAGCGUGCAUAAGCACUCUGCUGUUGCUUACAAUAUGAUGAACAAAUAUCGCAUUGGAAAAUUGUCCAGUUCGAAGAAUAAUGUUCAGGAUGAAGAUGAAGAACUGAAUAUGGAAGGAUAUAAAGAAAAUGAAUUGGUGGACUGGAGUAAGCCAAUGGUAGCCCAGGUUGGAAAGCUUGGAUCUGAAUACAUGAAAUGGGUUCACUCGCCUGUUAACCGUCCUCUGCGUUUGUUUGGUCCAGAGAUUGUUGAGUUCUUCUCCAAGACACCAUGGUACAUUGUACCUAUUGUUUGGCUACCAGUUGUUUUGUAUCUAUCCAUUGUUGGUUUGAUGCAUUUAUCUGAUGAUGUUGCAAGUGCUUUAACUAACAUGUACUCCAUAUUUGUCAUCUUCCUGUGUUUGUUUUUAUUUGGAACUUUCUUGUGGACAUUGGUGGAGUAUAUUCUGCACCGAUAUCUCUUCCAUAUCACUCCACCAGAUGAUUCACCGUUUUGGAUAACGUUUCAUUUUUUUAUCCAUGGACAACAUCAUAAGGUUCCAUUUGACAGUGGACGACUGGUGUUUCCACCUGUUGCUGCUUCGGUAUUCGCUGUAACAUUUUACACCCUUUUUAUUUCAACAUUGCCGUAUGGUAUUGCAAAUUCAUUGUUUGCUGGUGGAUUGCUUGGUUAUGUUAUGUACGACUGUAUCCAUUAUUAUUUACAUCAUGGAUCACCAAAUCAUGGCAGUUAUUUUCACAGCCUGAAAAGCUACCAUGUUGCACACCAUUUUGAAGAUUCUAAGAAAGGCUAUGGCAUAUCUAGUAAACUUUGGGAUUUUCCAUUCAAUACAACACCAAUGAAAUUUGAGUGAAGGACAUUAUAUGACCUAUUUAAAAAGUAAAUUAUUUUAAUUUAAACUUCUAUGAAUGACAAUAGAUUAAUAGUAAGUAUAUUCUAUAACUAUAGAUUAUAUUAUAAUGUAGUUUUACAAGCACUGAUUUUUUCUUAUAAAAAUCUUACUUGAAAAGACAGUGUGGGUAAAUUAAUUUGUACAAAGUACAAUCUAAUAAAUGUAGCUGUGAUAAAUGAAGUAACCAAGAUUUUAUCUUAACUGU